AACGAUAUUUAAUGAGAUUUUCUUCAACGAUAUUUUACUAGAUCUUAUGGUAAAAGUACGAGUUUCAUUUUCUUACUUUUUUUUAUAAAAUAUGGAAAUCGAAAAAAGUACAAAUAACAUUGAAACAAUAAAAAUUGAUACACAAUGUAUGCAAAUUUGUGAACACGAAACUUGUAAUAUGGAUACAAAGUUCCCGGAAUUACAUCUAAAUUUGAGUAAACGUCAACUGAAAAAAGUAAAAAAAAAAGAAAAAUGGUUGAAACGAAAGGUUGAACUAAGAUUACGUGAACGAGAGAAAGCAAAACAAAAACGAGCAUUUGCUCGUGCAAAUAAUAUAAAUCUUGGACCAUCCAGAAAAGCUUUAAAAAAAAGUAUAAUGGCAGAUAGUAGUUGUAAAAUUGGAAUAACUAUUGAUUUAUCUUUUGAUGAUUUAAUGAUUGAUAAAGAUAUUGCAAAAUUAACUAAACAAAUACUAAGAUGUUAUACUUUAAAUAGACGAGCUAUUGCACCAAUGCAGUUUUCUCUUACAAGUUUUAAUGGAAAAUCAAAAACAGAUAUGCAAAAACAUAAUGGAUAUGAACAUUGGGAUGUAAAAUUUUAUGCUGAAUCUUAUCUAAAUGUUUAUCCAAAAGAAAAAAUUAUAUAUCUUACUAGUGAAUCGGAAAAUGUUAUUACUCAAUUAGAACAUGAUUAUGUGUAUGUUAUAGGUGGUCUUGUUGAUCAUAAUAGUCAUAAGGGUCUUUGUCAUAAAUUAGCUGUACAAGUUGGCAUAAAACAUGGUAGAUUACCUUUAGAUAAAUUUUUGCGUAUGAAGGCAAGAAAAGUUUUAACUAUUGAUCAUGUGUUUGAAAUAUUGCUUAGAGUCAGUGAAGGAAAAACAUGGCAAGAAACAUUUUUACAAGUUUUACCAGAGAGGAAAAAUGUACAAUUAAUUGUACCAUCAGGAGAUAAUAAAGAUAUAUUAGAUAUAUAUAAUAAUAAAAAAAAUUUUUUCUACACAAAUAAUAAAAUUGAAUCAAAAGUUAAAAUCAAUGAAUUUGAAAACAUAAAUGAUGUAUGUACAUAA